CGAACUUCCUUAUUCUUUAAACUUCACGCCUCCUCAAAUGUAAGCCACUGUCCCGCUGAGCGCUGCGUUUGGAAUUCUGACAUGGAGGUUGGUGCGGGGAGCAGCGCAAUCUUUCAGGAAAUGCUAUCAUUCAAGGAUGUGGCCAUCAAUUUCUCUGAAGAGGAAUGGAAAUACCUUGGUCCUGCUCAGUGGAAAUUGUACAGGGAUGUGAUGUUGGAGAUUUAUGACAACCUUGUGUUCCUGGGUCUUGCUUCCUCUAAGCCAUACCUGGUCACAUUUCUGGAGCAAAUACAAGAGUCUUCAGAUGUGAAGAGAGAAGUGGCUACCACUAUUCACCCAGGAACUAACUGCUAUACAUGCAAAGAAUGUGGAAAAGUUUGUGAGUGGACCAGUGUAUCUCAAAAUCACCAGAUAACUGAUUUAGGAGCGAAGCCCUACAAUUGUGAAGAAUGUACCAAGUAUUUCCAUAUUCCAUCAUUACUUUCUGAAAAGAAAAUAAUUUAUUCAGGAGAAAACCCUUACAGAAGUGAAGUUUGUGGCAAGACCUUCUGCAUUCCAUUAUCAUUUUCUAAACACAAGAUAAUUCAUACAGGAGAGAAUCCCUACACCUGUGAAGUAUGUGGCAAGACCUUCCAACAUCCAUCAAGACUUUCCAGACAUAAGAAAAUUCAUUCAGGAGAGAAACCAUACAAAUGUGAAGUAUGUGGCAAGGCCUUCCACUUUCCAUCAUUACUUUUGGUACACAAGAGAAUUCAUACAGGAGAAAAACCCUACAAGUGUGAAGUAUGUGGCAAGGCCUUCCAUUAUCCAUCAAUACUCUCUAAACACAAGCGAAUUCAUACAGGAGAAAAACCCUACAAGUGUGAAGAAUGUGGCAAGGCCUUCCACAUUUCAUCAUUUCUUUCUAAACACAAAAUAAUUCAUAGAGGAGAAAAACCCUACAAGUGUGAUGUAUGUGGCAAGGCCUUCCAUUAUCCAUCAAGACUUUCCAACCAUAAGAAGAUUCAUUCAGGAGAGAAACCAUACAAGUGUGAAGUCUGUGGAAAGGCCUUCCGCAUUUUGUCACUACUUUCUAAGCACAAGAUGAUUCAUACAGAAAGGAAUCCCUACAAGUGUGAAGUAUGUGGCAAGGCUUUUGAUUAUCCUUCAAGACUUUCUACCCAUGUGAAAAUGCAUACAGGAGAGAAACCAUACAAGUGUGAAGUAUGUGAAAAGGCCUUCCGUUCUAUGUCAUCACUUUCUAAACACAGGAAAAUUCAUACAGGAGAUAAUUACUAUAACAGUGAAUUAUGUGGUAGUGCCUUCAUUUAUCCUUCAAGACAUUCUAAACAUAAGAAAAUUUGCACAGGAGAGAAGCCCUACAAGUGUGAAGUAUGUGGCAAGGCCUUUCAUGUUUUAUCACUACUUUCUAAACACAGGGCGAUUCAUACAGGAGAAAAACUGCACAAGUGUGAAAUAUGUGGAAAGGCCUUCUAUUAUCCAUCAAGACUUUCUUCCCAUAAGAGAAUUCAUACAGGAGAGAAACCAUACCAGUGUGAAGAAUGUGGGAAGUCCUUCUGUUUUCCACCAUCACUAUCUAAACAUAAGAGAAUUCAUACAGGAGAGAAACCAUACAAGUGUAAAGAAUGUGGGAAGGCCUUCCGUUUUCCAUCAUCACUAUCUGCACACAAGAAAAUUCAUACAGGAGAGAAACCCUACAAGUGUGAAGUUUGCAGUAAGGCCUUCCAUUAUCCAUCAUUACUUUCUAAACACAAGUUAAUUCAUACAGGAGAAAAACCCUACAAGUGUGAAAUAUGUGGCCAGGCAUUCCAUGUUCCAUCAAAACUUUCUCAUCACAAGAUAAUUCAUACAGGAGAAAAACCCUACAAAUGUGAAGUAUGUGGCAAGGCCUUCCAUUAUUCAUCAUUACUUUCUAAACACAAGAUAAUUCAUACAGGAAAAAAACCGUACAAGUGUGAAGUAUGUGACAAGGCCUUCCAUUAUCCAUCAAGACUUUCUAGCCAUACAAAAAUGCAUACAGGAGAGAAACCGUACAAGUGUGAAGUGUGUGGAAAAGCCUUCUGUUCUCCAUCAUCACUUUCUAAACACAAGAGAAUUCAUAAAGCUGAAAAAGCUUAUAGUUGUGAAAUUUGUGGAAAGGCCUUCUGCAUUCCAUUAUUACUUUCUAAACACAAGAGAAUUCAUACAGGAGAGAAUCACUAUAACAGUGAAGUACGUAGCAAGUUCUUUGUUUAUCCUUCAAGACUUCUUAAACAUAAGAAAAUUAAUAAACAAGAGAAACCAUACAAGUGUGAUGUAUGUGGAAAGGCUUUUGAUUAUCCUUCAAGACUUUCUAAACAUAAGAAAGUUCAUACAAGAGAGAAACCAUACAAAUGUGAUGUAUGUGGAAAGGCCUUCCACAUUGUGUCAUUAUUAUUAGUACACAAGGGAAUUCAUACUGGAGAAAAACCCUACAAGUGUGAAGAUUGUGGGAAGGCCUUCUAUUAUCCAUCAUUUCUUUCUAAACACAAGAGAAUUCAUACAGGAGAAAAACCAUACCAGUGUGAAGUAUGUGGCAAAGACUUUCAUGUUUCAUCAUCACUAUCUAAACAUAGAAUAAUUCAUACAGGAGAGAGGCCAUACAAGUGUGAAGUAUGUGGGAAGGCCUUCCGCUUUUCAUCCUCACUAUCUAAACACAAGAGAAUUCAUACAGGAAAGAAACCCUACAAGUGUGAAGAAUGUGGCAAGGCCUUCCAUUUUCCAUCAUUACUUUCUAAACACAAGAUAAGUCACACUAGAGAAAAACUCUAUCAUUGUGACUUAUGUGACAAGGCCUUCUAUUACCCAUCAUUACUUUCUAAACACAAGAUGAUUCAUACAGGAGAAAAACCUCACAAGUGUGAUAUAUGUGGUAAGGCCUUCCAUUAUCCUUCAAAACUUUCCAGCCAUAAGAAAAUUCAUACAGGAGAGAAACCAUACAAGUGUGAAGUAUGUGGAAAUGUCUUCCGUUUUCGAUCAUCUCUUUCUGAGCAUAGGAGAACUCACUCAGGAGAGUAUCUGUACAAGUGUGAAGUCUGUGGAAAGGCCUUUUAUUCUCCAUCAUUACGUUCUAAACACAAGAUAAUCCAUACAGGAAAGAAACCCUACAAAUGUGAAGUAUGUGGAAAGGCCUUCCAUUAUCCAUCACGACUUUCCAAGCAUAAGAGAAUUCAUGGUGCUGGAGAGAUGUCUCAAGAGUUAAGGGCAGUGGCUGCCCAUCCAGAGGUCCUGAGAUUAAUUCCUAGUAACUGUGUAGUGGCUAACAAUCAUAAUGGGGUCUGAUGCCCUCUUCUGAUGUGCAGGUGUACAUGCAUAUAGAGAAGGCCUAUACAUAAAAUAAAAAAUAUAAAUCUUUAAAAAAUAUUGGUGGUAUGUUGCCUGGUGCCAAAAGCAAAGAAAAUUCACACAGGAGAUAAACAGUACUUGUCUGAAGAGGCCUCAAAUUUCAUCAUCACUUUUAGUACACAAGAAAAUUCAUACAGUAGAAAAAUCCUGCAAGUGUGUAGUGUGUGGCAAGAAUUUCCAUUGUCCAGCAUUAUUUUCUAAACACAAGUCACUCAGGAGAGAAACUUUGCAAGUAUAAUGUAUGUAUCCUGGACUAUGCUCUACAGAAACAUUAGGGAUCAUCAAAGAAUCCAUUCUGCAAGGAAACCAUACAAUUCUACAGAAUGUAGCAAAUAGUUUAAAAGUUCUAAAGCAUGUUCUGGACACAGGAUAAUUCCUACUGGAGAGAAAUAUGAUUAUGGAGAAUGUGGCAAAAAACAUUACCAGUCUUCUGAUCUUAGCAACUUUCAAGAAUUCAUCUAUGAAAGAAACCACACAAGUGUGAAGAAUGUUCUAAGAUCUUUUGUACUUAACUAAAGAACUUGUGAAACACCUCAUAAUUCAUAUGAAACUGAAAUCCCACAUGUGAAAAAUGUUGCAAUCCCUUUGUUAAACUUAUAUUUCUCAACAAGUAGUUCAAGCUGGAGUGAAACAGUACAAAUGUUAAAAUAUUCAUAAUAUGUUACCACUUCAUACGCAAAGUAAUCAAAAGCUUUCUGCUGAAUAGAAACUAUGUAAAAUUGAAGAAUGUGGUAAAUCAAGCCUUUGGAAUUAUUCACACCACCAUGUCAAAAGUACAGAUUUCAGACUGUUCUCUGGAUUUUGGACUGAUCCAUCCUUUGUCUUUUGUUUCUUUUGUUUUAGAAUCAGAAUACUUCUAUACCAUUGUUGCAAAAGUAGUCACUUGUUUAUAUGUUCUAAGAAAAUACACAUAAGCGAUUGCGUGAAUCUCACAUGACACAUGGACUGUGGUCUUUCAUAUUGUUGUAAUUGUUAACCUUACAACAAUUGUUAACCUUUGUGGACCUUUCAAGUUGUAGCCUAUUUUACUUAUGAGGUGAGAGUACGGUUGGAGAAAAGGAAAGAAAUGUUAAAGCUUUGUGACUUCAGCUAGCAUGAUGACUUUGGGAACAAACUUCAUUGCCAACAAGACCCAUACCCAUGUUAGUAUUCCCAGUACCUACGAAAUUCAAAGAGGGUUAUCACCUCUAGCGUUGUCCUCUGAUCUCCAUGCAUGGGCUGCCACAUGUAAGUACAUACAUGUGCCCAGACAAACCUAAAUUACAUUUUCAAUUGUAUUUUUAUACAGACUGGGGUCAAGAAGUAAUGCUUGUAUCACAAUUGUUAACUUCACGAGUUCUAGCAUCAUGUGAGAAGCAAGCCUCUUGAUUGUUGAUUUGCAGGACUUUUCUUGAUUAGUUUAAACGAAAUCAGAAGAGUGGUGAUUGUGGUUGGAAGCAUGUGCUGGAAAUGCUGCAGUAUAAGAAAAUACUCUGAUAACAACAUUCAUCAAUCUCCUGCUUUCUGACUGUAGAUGGAACAUGAUGAGCUUCUUUGUUUGAGUUUUUUUGGUUGUUGUUUUUUGUUUUUUGUUUUUGUUUUUGUUUUGAGACAGGGUUUCUCUGUGUAGCCCUGACUGUCCUGGAACUCACUGUGUAGACCAGGUUGGCCUCGAACUCAGAAAUGCCUCUGCCUCUGCCUCCCAAGUGCUGGGAUUAAAGGCAUGCACCACCACCGCCCAGCUUAUGAUGAGCUUCUUUAAGUUCCUGUUGUUAUAAGUUUGCCAUGUAUUGUGGUGGGAGUAAGAAUUGCCCUAAGUGUUUGUAGAUUUGAGUGCUUAGUCACCAGGCUGUAGCUCUUCUUUAAAAGGAUUAAGAAGUGUGGCAUCAUUGCUGUAAGUGUGUCAUUGGAGGUUGUAUUUAAGGUUUCAAAAGUUUCUCCCUUUCGUGCUGACUAUGGAUCAGAAUGUAACAUUCUCAGCUACUUCCUGAGAAUCAUAUCUGUCUCCAUUCCACCAUGUUCCCCAGCAUGCUCCCUACAAUAGUGAUACUGUACAAAAUUUCCAAAACUGUAAACAAGCCCCAAUAAAUGCUUUCUUUAUAAGAGUCA